AUGUCACCGCCCCAGAUCGAGAGGAGUUCCUCAGGCUGGAGACGGCAGAGGCGGAAGCUAGAGAGCUCAGGCCUCGGCUGCGCGAAGCAAUGGGACCAAGAGAGCGGGCUAGGGGACGAGAUGCAGAAACAAGGCAAUGACAAGGUUGAGUAA